AUGGAGAAAAUCAUCUACGACUUCUACUCUGAUCUCUUCGACAGCCAUGCCCACUUGCCUCCUCACCACCUGAGGGAACAUGGACAUGGCAUUCCAGAGGUUCUCCCGUCCGAAGUACGACAUGUGAUUGUGCCGGUAAGGAAUAGCACGGCACCCGGUCCCGACAUGAUAAGAUUUGAACGUAUGAAGAAUCUUCCAUCAUUUUUUAUAAGCACGAGACUUUUCACACGUUACCUGUCAGAAUGCAAGGUCCCUAAGCAGCGGAAGAUCAAAGAGACCGUGCAGUUGUAUAAGAAGGAAAAUCCACAUGACAUCGGCAACUAUCGCCCAAUCUGCUUACUAUCCAUCAUCUACAAACUUUUCACAAGUGAUCCUUAA